UCUCUUAAUCAAAUUUUAAAGGAAAUAUACUAUCUUUUUCGUAUUGCAGAUACUAUUCAAUGGCAGCUAGUACGUUCCAAAUUACGGGUUGUUGGUAAAAUGUUAGACAAUGAUUUUGGUAAAGUCACAAUGGACGAGGGAACUACUUUUGGUGCCGCGGCCCCUGACAUUCUUUCCUGGUUUGAACAAGCAGACGAAUCAAAUAAUACCCUGCUUGAUGAUAACGCUAACGAAUCAAAUAAUCACCCGCUUGAUGAUAGCACUAAAUCAAUUACACAACCGCAAGAUGAUGAUCUCUUUAAUUGGCCGUAUGACUAUGAUAAUGAUAUAUCGGUUAUAGACUUGACCGCACCAUCAUUAAAUAGUUCUCAGAUCUCUCAAACGCAUAGCAAUAAUAUAAAUAUUGUCGAUUUGGAGUCUGAGACAACGAAGAAACACGAACUUUGUAAUAGCAACAAUAAUUCCAAUGAGAGAGAUGCAGAAUAUGAUGAAUCUAUUUGGCAGUGUUGGGAUCAGAAAGAUUACAGUACUCAUUGGUUAAAGUACACUAACUUUGGAAUUAUGCCACCGGAUUAUGUUAUAUCAGAUCCAGGAUACACUGAAUAUAUUUCACAAUUUUCAAAACCUUCACCUUCGGUGGCUUCUCCAUGCACUAUAUUUCCUCGUAGAGAUAAUAGCAAAGAUUCAA